AUGAAACAGGGGGCUCAAAUCGUCCAGACUGGAAUCCUCGGGUUCAGCAUUUAUCUGUCCAACGGCCACACCAAUAAAAUCCAUCCAGCUCAGCUCUCCCUCUUCUUCGGACGACUCCUCCUCAAAAAUACUUUGCGGGACUUCCUCCGGAUCUUCAGCAGUGGGGAUUUCACAACGAAUUUCUGUAUCUUCAAACGUAGGUUUUCAUUGUCGUUGACCACAGGAAGAAUCCCCGAGAUGAUGUUAUCAAGAACGAUUGGUACGUGGUUCAAUGUUUCAAUUACUGUCCUCCGAGAACGCUCCAAAUUCUGA